AUGAAGCGGAGGGCCUCGCUUGCUGACUUCUUCGGCACAGAGCUCAAACAGAAUGAGAACCACUUUGACUGCGGCAGUGAUGAAUACUUGUCUGGGGGCCUCUGCUGCAAACUCUGUAGUGCAGGUGAGUUUGUCCGGCAGCCCUGCACGGUCCCUCACACCCGAGGAAUAUGUGAGAGGUGUGACACAGGGAUGUUCACAGACGCUGGUAAUGGCCUUGACUCUUGUAGGCCUUGCUCCAACUGUGAGAAAAACCAGGAAAUGGUGUCCGAUUGCUCUGCCACCAGUGACCGGAAAUGCCAGUGUCGAAUUGGUCAUUUUUAUGCUGACCCUCAAUUCCCCGAACUCUGCCUUCCAUGUAUCAAGUGUCCCCAGGGAGUUCCUGUGCUCCAGGAAUGCAACUCCACAGCAAACACAGUGUGCAGUUUGGCUGAGACAAAAUAA